GUACUUAUUCAAUUUGUGCCUGUUCUGUCCCAGUUGUCAUUAGUUAUUACAAAAUUAAAAAUUCAAAUUCGUUAUAUCUGUUUUUCUUCAAUCAAUUGGUGUUCAUAAUUUUUUAUGGGAAUGGAUAAAGUACUCCAUACCAAUAUUAAAAUAGUUAAUAAACUCUUCCUUGAUGGGGCUUUAACACCCUCAGAUCUCAUAGGAGCCUCCUUGAAGAAAGUAAUAGAAACAAAACAGUUCAAUGCAUUCAUCACUGUGUCAAAAAAUGAGGCAGAAAAGCAGGCAGAAGCUUCUUUGCAGAGGUUUAAAUCUAAACAGUCAAAAUCGGAUUUAGACGGUGUUCCAAUAGCGGUAAAAGAUAAUUUUUGCACAAAAGAUAUAAAAACAACAUGCGCAUCGAAAAUGUUGGAGAAUUUUUCACCUCCCUACAAUGCCACUGUUUGUCAGAGGCUACUGGAUGCUGGGGCAGUUCUGGUAGGAAAAACAAAUUUAGAUCAAUUUGCUAUGGGUUCAGGCACAGUUGAUUCAAUUUAUGGGCCAACAAAAAACGUCUGGAAGUGCAAAGCAGAUUCUAAUGAUUUUCAUAUUGCUGGAGGCAGCAGUGGAGGAAGCGCUGUAGCUGUUGCAUCUGGGGUAUGUUUUGGAAAAAAAUACUGGUUUAAUUCUUUUAGAGCUAUUGGGUCAGAUACUGGGGGCUCAACAAGAAAUCCAGCAUCUUAUUGUGGAGUGGUGGGCCUCAAGCCAACAUAUGGGCUUGUAUCACGACAUGGAUUGAUUCCUUUAGUAAAUUCUAUGGAUGUACCAGGCAUUCUAGCAAGAAAUGUGGAUGAUGUUGUUAGUAUAUUAAAUGCUGUGGCAGGUCAUGAUAAGCAAGACUCUACUUGCUUGACAAAACCAUUUAAGAAAAUCAGGUUACCACCAGCUAACAAGAUGGGCAUAAAAGGUCUGAAAAUAGGAAUACCCAUUGAAUAUAAUUGCGAAUAUCUAAGUGAUGAGGUACUUGAUAUGUGGGAUGAAAUAGCUCAAACUCUUCAGAAUGAAGGAGCUAUUGUUAAAGAAGUUUCAAUGCCACAUACUCAGUACAGUAUAGUUUGCUACUCUGUACUCAAUCAGUGUGAAGUGGCUAGUAACAUGGCCAGGUAUGAUGGUAUUGAGUAUGGUUAUAGAGCUGAUGAUGAUCAUUCUACAGAGAAGUUGUAUGCUGUUAGUAGGAGGACAGCGUUCAAUGAUAUUGUCAAAAAUAGGAUUUUGACAGGGAAUUAUUUCCUCUUGGGAAGGAAUUAUGAAAAAUAUUUUAACCAGGCGCUAAAAGUGCGCAGAUUGAUCAUGAAUGAUUUUGACAAUGUUUGGGAAGAUGCACAGUUGCUGCUUACUCCAACAACACUUACUGAAGCUCCACUUUACAGUGAUUUUAUACAGAAAACAAAUAGGGAUCAAUGUGCAUUUCAGGAUUUUUGUACUCAGCCAGCAAAUAUGGCAGGUAUUCCAGCAGUAUCAGUUCCUAUAAAAUUAUCAAAAAAUGGUCUGCCACUGAGUUUGCAAAUAAUGGGGAGAAAUCUUAGCGAACCUAUGCUACUAGCUUUGGCUAAAUACAUUGAACACCUAGUGCAAUUCCCACAGUAUGUUAAUUUUAAGCAAAAAUAAAGUUGUAUUUGAAAUCAUUUUUAUUAAUUCCUAUAAACUAU